AUGCCAAGGGGACAGAAGAGUAAGGCGCGUGCUCGAGAGAAAAGGCGCCAGGGGCUCAAGGAUGCUCAAGCAAAGGAGGCAGAGAAAGCAGAGGCACCUGCUGGCUCUGAUCAAGCUUCAGGAGAUGCUAAGCCAAGCACUUCCACUGCUGACUUCCCACAGCAGUCUGAAAGCUCAGCACCCAGCAGCACUGCCAGCCAGGGAGUGACCCCCAGAAGAUCUGAUAAGGGUGACCAGGGCCAAGGGGAUGGAAAUGAGCGUUCCUCCAGGGCUCUACUCUCUACUAGAAGCAUGCGGAUGGAUCUUAUGACAAGGAAGACAGGAAUGCUGAUGGAGUACAUGCUCCUCAAAUACAAAGUGCAGCAGCCCAUGAAGAGGGGAGAGAUGCUCAAAGUUAUCAACAAAAGGUUCAAGGAACACUUCCCUGAGAUCUUCAAGACAGCCUCCUAUCGAUUGGAUGUGGUGUUUGGCCUUGAGCUGAAAGAAGUCCUGCCACAUGGUCAAGCAUAUGAGCUUGUGAGCAAGCUAGAUUUUGAGGAUGAUGGAAGUAUGAGCAAUGAGCUAGGUGUUUCUACCAGGGGCAUUCUGAUUGCUCUCCUAAGUGUGAUCUAUCUAAAUAACUACCGUGCUGCCGAGGAGUAUGUCUGGUAUUUCCUGAAUGCAUUAGGAGUCUAUGAUGGGAUCAUGCAUGUCUUCUUUGGGGAUAUCAGGAAGCUCAUCACUGAAGAUCUGGUACAGGAAAAGUACCUGGUAUACCAUCAGGUUCCUAACAGUGAUCCUCCAUCCUAUGAGUUCCUGUGGGGCCCGAGAGCCUAUGAUGAAACAACCCAGAUAAAGGUGAUGGACUUUUUAGCCAAGAUAAGUGAAGCCUUGCCUGGGGUGUGCUUAUCUCGUUUUGAGCAGGAUUUGAUUAAAGAGGAAGAGGAAGCCCAAGCUGCAGCUGCAGCCAAGUCUGGCAGUAAAGGCAAGGCCAAGGGACGUACUAAGACCAAGUUAAGUCAUCCUACUCACAAGUGA